UGAGCGGAGCAUCGCAGCAUCCUCGGCUCCGGCAUCCUGCAGAGGGCUACAGGAGGAGAGAGGAGAGGAGAGGAGAGGAGAGGAGGAGGGAAAAGAUCCUGUGGUGAAUAAAUAAAUGAAAAAAGAUGAAGACAGGCAGAGAGGAGAGGAGAAACACGGGGAGAGUUGGAGCGCUAAAUGAAAGGACCUGAACAARCAGCGUUGCCCGAGGACCACUGCAGCUACACUAAAUCUGAAGCUGUCAGGGCAAAACUCUCAGGGAGCCGGAGAGCGAGGAGCAAACGAGAAGUGAUCUGAAGAGCUGAUCUCAUCACGCUGGAAAAGCAGGGAUGGGAAUCCUGGGAGCCUCUUCGUCAGCAGAUCUAACCUCGCACAAGAAUUCUGCUUUCGGGUCAACAGUUUGAACCUGCUUCUUCGAGGAACUGACCAAACAAGYGAAGAGAUAAUGCCCUGGUAGUUUCCAAAAAAAAAAAAAGGUGAUCCCAAAACCUCCUCCUGCUCCCGGUGGAUGUCUUCUAUACUCCGCUCCCACUGCUCGGCAGUCCAACACACUCAUGGUCGAUGCGAAGGGACGGAACAUGAAAUGUCUGACUUUCUUCUUAAUGCUCCCUGAGUCGGUGAAAGGCAAGUCAAGCAAGAGCUCCAAGAAAGGGAACGCCAGCGGCGGCUCCAAGCUGCCCCCGGUCUGUUAUGAGAUAAUCACUCUUCGGAGCAAGAAGAAGAAGAAGAUGUCGGCCGAGAUUUUCCCCACCAAGAAGCCGGGGUCCACCAAUGCCAAUGCCACGACCACAGUGCAACAGUACCAGCAGCAGAACCUCAACAACAACAACACCAUCCAGAACUGUAACUGGCAGGGACUCUACUCAACCAUCAGAGAAAGGAACUCAGUGAUGUUCAACAAUGAGCUGAUGGCUGAUGUUCAUUUCAUCGUGGGUCAACCAGGACGGACCCAGCGGCUGCCGGGACAUAGAUACGUGUUGGCCGUGGGCAGCUCAGUGUUUCAUGCCAUGUUUUAUGGAGAACUCGCUGAGAACAAAGAUGAAAUCCACAUACCAGACGUGGAACCGGCAGCAUUUCUGGCAAUGCUAAAGUACAUUUACUGYGACGAAAUCGACCUGACCGCCGACACCGUGCUGGCCACGCUUUAUGCCGCCAAAAAGUACAUCGUCCCGCACCUGGCGCGCGCCUGCGUCAACUUCCUGGAGACUAGCCUGAGCGCCAAAAACGCCUGCGUGUUGCUCUCCCAGAGCUGCCUGUUCGAGGAGCCUGAGCUGACGCAACGCUGCUGGGAGGUGAUUGACGCCCAGGCUGAGCUGGCGUUGCGUUCUGAGGGCUUCUGCGACAUUGACGCGCAGACCCUGGAGAGCAUCCUGCAGCGGGAGACCCUCAACGCUAAAGAGAUAGUGGUGUUCGAGGCGGCGCUCUGCUGGGCCGAGGCAGAGUGCCAGAGGCAAGAGCUCACCUCUUCCACUGACAACAAGCGCAAGGUUUUGGGCAAGGCCAUGUUCCUGAUACGAAUCCCCACCAUGGCUCUGGACGAUUUUGCGAAUGGCGCCGCUCAGUCCGGCGUGCUGACACUUAACGAGACCAAUGACAUCUUCCUGUGGUACACGGCGGCCAAGAAGCCGGAGCUGCAGUUUGCGAGUCAACCCAGGACGGGCCUGACGCCGCAGCGCUGCCACAGAUUCCAGUCCUGUGCCUACCGAAGCAAUCAGUGGCGCUACCGAGGCCGCUGCGACAGCAUCCAGUUCGCCGUGGACAAAAGGGUUUUCAUUGCCGGCUUCGGCCUGUACGGGUCCAGCUGCGGCUCCGCGGAGUACAGCGCCAAGAUAGAGCUGAAGCGUCAGGGUGUCCUGCUGGGACAGAACCUCAGCAAGUACUUCUCCGACGGAUCCAGCAACACCUUCCCGGUGUGGUUCGAGUACCCGGUUCAGAUCGAGCCCGACACCUUCUACACGGCCAGCGUCAUUCUGGACGGAAAUGAGCUGAGCUACUUUGGACAGGAAGGGAUGACGGAGGUGCAGUGUGGCAAAGUGACGUUCCAGUUCCAGUGCUCCUCGGACAGCACCAACGGCACCGGGGUGCAGGGAGGCCAGAUUCCCGAACUCAUCUUCUACGCCUGACGUCACCCACACUCCACUCGUUUUCAGUGCACUUAUUAAAAAAAGGAAUUUAUCACUUUAUCCAUAGUGUCGGUCGAUUAUGUAUUUAUUUUUGUCACAGCUAGAUCUUAGACCCUUCAGAGGGUCUUAUGUGGUUAUGUUUUUAGUAAAUGGUCCACUUGAGUAGGACCAGAUAGACGUCUUGUUCUAAAAUAAAAAAAGAAAUUAUAUAUUGCACAGGAUGCGCAUGUAUAUAUGAAGAUAUGUAAAUUCUGAAAUGUAUAUGAUGCCACACGUGUGGCCCAAGCUGGCCGUAAAGAUAUCUUCUAUAUUAAAGAUGCUUCACUGAGUUUAUCAUUUCUAUGCUUGAAUAGAGGGCACUAAGAGAGCAGCAAUACUUCACAACCUGUACUCUGUAUGGAUUAUUUUAUCCCAUGACUCAGUUGGGACUUCAGUGAGGGAAAAUCAUUUGUACGAUACACAAAAUCACAAUUUUUAUCCAUGAUUCCAAUCAGAAUACACUGUUCUGCUGUAAUUCCUAAAAGGGGGUCUGUCCACAUGAGAAAGACAUCUUUUCGAUUGGGCUUCCAUUAUUAGAGAUGGGAGGAUCUGAAGGGAUCCAGAUCUGGAUGAGCCGUUUGUUUCCUACAGUUGAUUUUGAAUGAGUUAAAUCAUCACGUCUCAUGGGUCGUACCUCGAGGUGCAACCACACGUUUCUGUACCGAACCGUUCAGUACAGAGCUUUAGGUUCAAUACGCACUAUGUAUCAAACAAUACAGAUAUUUAACAUUUAUCUGCUGAAGAUGCUUUUUGUUGAAGGUUCAGUGGAUCUGAGUUCGACUACUCCACCUAGGCUGCAUUGUCGAGCACAGAUCCACUGAGAAACUUGCUGUUUUAGCAGCAUUUAACCUAAAAACUGUACAUUUGAGGUUAAACAAAUGUUCAUAAUUAAUUUCAAUAAAUUACAAGUUAAGAAGGGCAUGGACAUUUCUCUUUUUUUUGUAUUGAAAAAAUAUUGAACCGUGAGACUAAGAUAUCGGACCGAAUCGUGAAUUUUCUAUAUCAUUGCAGCCCUAGUCGUACCAUGUAUUUAGUCGGUUUACCAUGAAAAAUUGAAGAAGGAGCGAUUGUCUCUGUGGUUAAUAAGGAAUAAAUAAAGAUAUUACGAUUUACACAAUAUAUAAAACUACGAACGGCUCUUUAUUGCUUGUAACUCUGUUCUUAUCGUUCAUUACAAGGAGCCGUUUAAAAGAUCUGGAUCUCUAUCCAGUAUCUCAGUAACAUGUUGCUCUGCACACGCUCACCAUCCUGACCUUUAUUUCAUCGAUGUCUCGUCAUAUAAAAACAAAAAGCUGCAGUCCCGCUGCUGGUUUCUCAUUCAGUUGAGAAAAAAAUGACAAAAUAAAAACAGUGUUUACUGAGACACACAAAACAGGUUUAUGCGUUUGAUUAAAAUGUUUUUUCUAGUCUGUUUUGAAGAUGAGCAUCAGARGAGGGGGCUGAAAUCUUAUGCAAAUCCCAUCUGAUUAAAACAAGGUGAUUCACCAACUGUUUUAGUUCUGAUCUGAUAUGAUGUUCCAGAUUUGCUCCAUAAAAAAGAGGGARAAAGGCAACUUUAAUUUUGACCUACAGUUAUGGCAACAUAACCUUCUGUUUACAUAAUACAGCCCAGAUUAUUCAUUUUAAAUCGACUAAUUAAAAAAAUGUCUGACUUGAAUUUCUCCUUUCUACUUUUUCACACUAAACUUAAACAUUUCCAUUAUGUUUACAAUACAAAGYAGAUUUUAUAAUCCUUACUGUUCACUAGUUAAAAGUUUGAAUUAUUUAAUCCUGUCUGCACUGCAGCACUCCCAACAUGAGCAGAAGUUGGUUUUUUUUCCAUUUUAUCCGCUGUGUAUCACUAAUUAUUCCGGCGCCUGGGUUUUGUUUACAGCAACAACAACAAAAAAAAAAAAAGAUCAAUGACUGAGUCGGAUUUAGAAGCUGCUGCUUAUUUUAGGGACUUUUACUUCUCUUUGUUAAGUAAAAAAAAGGAAGAAAAAAAAGAACUGUGCACUCAGAAAUAUGGAGCACCCACUCCAAAUGUGAUCAAACCCUUUCAGUAUUUGCAGAGAUAAACUGUAUUUGUUACACUGUUGCACUGAUGUUGAUUUGUGAACAAGUUUGCUUUUUAUCGUUUUACAGUUUUUUGGACCCACUAUGCUUCUGAUUUUUUUAUUUUUCUUUCUGGUGUGGGUUAAAUGUCUGAACUGUUGGAGAGUUUUGCACACAGAACGAACAAAAAAGAAAAGCUGGUGUUUGUGUUUUGUGUUUAAGUGCUGCAGGACCGAUGAAUGUGUCUGAUUGUUGAUGAUGCAAAUAAACAGAAGCUGUAAUAA